CAUAGUUUUUAUAAAACAAUCAAAAUAUUAGCUCUCCUAAUAUGAAGAACAGCCUCCUUGGACCACUUGUUCUUCUCAUUUUCAUAAGCAUAAAGGCAUCUGCUUCGAGACAUUACAUUGUCUUCAACCAUGGUUUGACUUGGAAUGAAGCACACGAUUUCUGCAAGAGCCAUUACACCAAUUUGGCCACCUUCCUCACCCAGUCAGAGGUGGAGAGUUUGGACUUGAAAGAAUAUCUGGUGUGGAUCGGCCUAUACAAAUAUCAUUCCUACUGGUGGACAUGGUCUAGUGAACAUACAUAUAUUUAUCGUUAUUCAAACUGGAGAUGGAAGGAUCUACGCAUGUGGGGAUCUUGUGCUGCUGUUAACUUCAGAGACAAAAUAUUUCACAUACAAAAUUGUCAAACUCGUCUGAUGUUUGUCUGUCAGCGUGAUGAUGCAUACACAUUUGUAACAGAAGCAAAGACUUGGCUUGAGGCGCGUGAGUACUGUAGGCUUCAGCAUGGUGAUUUAGCCCGCUUCCAAACUUCCAGUAUGAACGACAUAUUCACUGAGUUGGACUUUCCUCGCUGGACUGGACUGCAGAGAGCAGAAUUGAGCUCGCAUGCAUACUAUGUAAACUGGACGGAAACUGGGCUAAGUGGAGAAGGUGACUGUGUGAGCAUCUUCUCACUGACCAAGCUGAUGGAGACAAAGUUAUGUGAUGCUCGUCUUCCCUUCAUCUGUUUCUGGGAUGGAAAUAUUAAUUUGGUACUGGUAAAGGAGAACAAGAGCUGGGAGGAGGCCCUGGAACACUGCCGAAGCCUGAAUGAUAUUGGCCUUCGCUUUGAUCUAGUCAGUGUGGAGUCUGAAGACGAUUAUGUGAACAUGAUGAGCAAGGUCAUGGAAGCCAACACAGAUGAGGUGUGGACCGGUCUGCGUUUCCUGGGUGAUGAAUGGCUGUGGGUGAAUGGGGGAAAUACAUCAAACAUUGAGCUGCCUCAGUGUCCAACCCAGGAGCAGCGCUGUGGUGCAUUAUCAAAAAACAGAAGUGGCAGUGUAGAGGCCAGAGACUGUUCAGAGCAGAAAAACUUCCUCUGUUACAGUUUCGACGCUUAAUGUCAUUGUUGUCAUCACAGCAGAAUGG